GCCUCCGCCACCGCACCGAGCAGCCUGGCAGCCGCGGCCAAACUUUCCCCGGAGCCGGCGCGGGGUGGAAGCCAUCGUUAGAGGCUGCCCUUGCGCUAAUGAGCCUUCCCAACAUCUCCUCAGCCUUCGAAGACAAGAUGUGUGAGGGGAACAGGACCACCAUGGCCAGCCCUCAGCUGCUGCCUCUGGUGGUGGUUCUAAGUAGCAUCUCCCUGGUCACAGUAGGUCUCAACCUGCUGGUGCUGUAUGCUGUACACAGUGAGCGUAAGCUGCACACCGUGGGCAACCUGUACAUUGUCAGCCUGUCGGUAGCAGACCUGAUCGUAGGUGCAGUCGUCAUGCCCAUGAACAUCCUUUAUCUCACCAUGGCCAAGUGGUACCUGGGCCGCCCCCUCUGCCUCUUUUGGCUCUCCAUGGAUUAUGUGGCCAGCACAGCAUCCAUCUUCAGUGUCUUCAUCCUGUGCAUUGAUCGAUACCGCUCUGUCCAGCAACCCCUCCGGUACCUGAGGUAUCGAACCAAGACCCGCGCGUCGGCCACCAUCCUGGGGGCCUGGUUUCUCUCCUUCCUGUGGGUUAUACCCAUUCUUGGCUGGCAUCACUUCAUGCCCCCGACCUUAGAGCCUCGGGAAGACAAGUGUGAGACAGAUUUCUACAAUGUCAGGUGGUUCAAGAUCAUGACCGCCAUCAUCAACUUCUACCUCCCCACCGUGCUCAUGCUGUGGUUCUAUGUGAAGAUCUACAAGGCUGUGCGGAGACACUGUCAGCACCGCCAGCUCACCAAUGGCUCCCUCCCUUCCUUCUUAGAAAUCAAGCUGAAGUCAGAGGAUGUCAAGGAGGGUACCAAGAAACCUGGGAAAGAGUCACCCUGGGGGGUCCUGAAAAGGCCAUCAAGAGACCCUAGUGGAGGACUGGAUCAGAAGUCAAUCUCCGAAGACCCCAAGAAGAUAAACUCACCCACUGUCUUCAGCCAAGAGGAGGACAGGGAAACAGUCACACACCACUGUUUCCAUCGAGACUCCAUGCAGACACAGACCAUGGCCGAGGGAGGUGGCAGAGGCUCAGAGGCCAUUGACCAGGCCCUGAGCCAGCCCAAAAGGGAUGAGCAGAACCUGAACACCUGCCGGCGGAUCAGUGAGACAUCAGAGGACCAGACCUUGGUGGAUCGACAGUCCUUCUCCCGGACCACAGACUCCGACACCAGCAUAGAGCCAGGGCUGGGCAGAGACAAACUGAGAAGCGGGUCAAACAGUGGCCUCGAUUACAUCAAGAUCACCUGGAAGAGGUUCCGCUCACAUUCCAGACAGUAUGUGUCUGGGCUGCACUUGAACCGAGAGCGGAAGGCGGCCAAACAGUUGGGCUUUAUCAUGGCGGCCUUCAUCCUCUGCUGGAUUCCCUAUUUCAUCUUCUUCAUGGUCAUUGCCUUCUGCAACAGCUGCUGCAGCGAACCCGUGCACAUGUUCACCAUCUGGCUGGGCUACAUCAACUCCACGCUGAACCCCCUCAUCUACCCUCUGUGCAACGAGAACUUCAAGAAGACAUUCAAGAAAAUUCUGCACAUCCGCUCCUAAGGGCACAGC